AUGGAAUCUUGGGUAAAUGAGCCAAUACAAUUUGAUGACAUAGAAAUUACACCAAAUAAGGAUUCAGAUGAAGCUUUUGGUGAUGAAAAUGGUGUUAAUUUCCCAUCAAACGAAACAAGUAGUCAGAUAAACCCCAUUAGACGUCAACCUCAAAAGAAACAUUGGAUGGAUUUAGGACUACAUGAGUUUUUUAAGCAGGACUUGAAGAGGUUUCGAGAUUUGACUUUAUUGCCAAAUAUGAUUGAAAAAGAUCAGACUCAGAAUGAAGUGUGGUAUGCAACAAAAUUGGUAAGAGAAUUGGAAGAGGAAGAGGAGGAGGAGGAGGAGGAGGAGGAGGAGGAGGAGAAAGCUGCGGCUGCAGCUGCUGCGGUGACUACAUCAAGAUAG